AAAUCCUAUAUCCAGUAUGCCAGCAAUGAUCGUCAUAAACAACUAACAAAAAUAAUAACUUCUUUUUGUCCGCCACAGAAAUAGCUUACUUAAUUUAUAUAUCCGGCAUGCAUGGGACAUACCGUUUGCCAUUCUUUCAAAUCUGAUCGCUGCCUCCACAAAUACAAACUUGUUAGCUACUUUACAUUUAAACAUCCAAAAUGUCCACAAAAGAAAUAAUAAGCGAUAAGUUUACAAUAUCUAGAUACCCAGCAUGCAAUAUCGAUAAAAAUUCGAAUCACAAGCAACUAUAAUUAUUUAAUACUAAAUUGCACCCAAUUCAUUACACAAUUCUUCCACGAAAAUCUCACCGAAGUCAUAUCGCUCAGAAGAACAACUAAAGAAUCGUAAAUCAUUUAAGCUGAAUUCUGUCUAGCGAAAGCGAACUGGUCUCUUGUACCAAGGUAGCCCACUUCGCACAGCUCAGAGUAUAGGGGCCAUUUAAUAUUAUGCUUUUUCCUAUCCCUCCAGCCUCUGACCGUAAUAAUAGAAAUCGUGUUAUUAUAUCCAGACUAUCCUGCGACUACCACGCAGACUCGAUCAACACCACACGAAGCGGCCCCACGCAAAUCAACACAGCGACUCCUUGUUAUAACGUGUAACGCGUGCAGCGUUGUGCUUCGUUUCCCCACUGCUGUCGUAGUUUCUGCGCUCUUCUCUUAUGUCUGUAAUAACUAUAGCCAACCAGACAGCCCUCGUAGCAUUCAAAAGCCAGUACGCUCUCAAAGAAUGUCGCCCGUCGGCGACACUCACAGGGUAAGAUGUCGAAAGAUUCCUCAAAGAAUGCGUCGCAAGCCUAUCUUGCCAAACUUGCAGUACAAACUCAACUUGCAAGGUUAAGGAGGGAGGAGGAUGAGGAUCUAUGGAUUUCCGGGGAAGAACUGUAUACAGAGGGUAGUAGCGACGAAGAGGAUUCUCGACAAAAAUCCCGAUAUCCUCGUCUACGAAAUCAUUUACGACCCGGUUCCUCGUCGCCACGAAGGAACGAUAUGGUUCAAACAAAUUCGAGUCGCUUAAAUGAGCAAUUCAGCACGGAUUUUAAAGCCAAAUCAGACGGUUCGGAUAUGGCUUCAGGAUCCAAACUAGAAGAUAAACUGAAAGAAGAAACACCGGCAGCACGACUGCUGGACAGUGCCUCGAAAUUAUUUCCAAAGGAAUCUGAUCGCCUCGGGAUGUCCUUAGAAAGUGACGACGCGAAUUUAAGUUCCAAUGAAAAUUCAACCUUGAAUCUCGGGAGCGACGAGAAUGAUGAGAGAGAGCCUGAUAUGGAAAUCUCAUGGAAACCUAGACGAGUCGAAGGACAUCGCUCGUUAAUCUUCGAAGAAGCUGUAGCCGGUCUGAGAGAAUUGCAACUGGAUUACAACAACGUUUCUGAUUCCGUAUUAAAACUACGUGAAUGUCUGUCAUCAAGAGAGAAUGAGCCGGAGAGAAUAUUAUCAAUUGAAACUAUUAUCAAUGGAAAUCCUGAUGAACUAUUUCCUGUGAGGGAAUACCAGUCACGAAACACAAAGUGCUUGGGGGAUUGCAAUGCGGAUGAAAGUGUUGAAAGGAAGGAAACAAAUAUUAUGAGAAUGAACGAACUUGACGAGUCCAUUAAUGAAUUGGAGAAAAGAAUUGAGAAAGAAGUUACAGACACUUUAUAUUGUCAACGACAAAAUCGCAAAGAACUUGGAAAAUUAUUGUUACUGAGAUCUCCUGAAACAGGAAGAUUAUUGAAAAAUACAGAAGCAUUUUUUCAAUUGUGUCCUGGAAUUAAAAACGUAACUUCAGAAAAUGCCAACCAUCCUCGACUUCCCGAGGUAUCUACAAUAAACAAUAUGAACACACAUGAAUCAACAUUUGUAAAGUUUGCCACUGAAAAGCAGCAACUAAAAAAGAAACUAUCUAUGCUUGAAAGAAAGAAUGUUAUAUUUACUGAAAGGAAUAAAAGGUUAGCUGCAUGCUCUAUGGGAUCAUUAGCAAUAACAGACGAAGAAAAACAAAGAUUGGAGAAUCUUCUGAUAAUAGAACCAGAUGAUACUAAAAAAAAUAGUGAAUCAAUAAAUUGUGAUAAAAAGUGUCGGACAAAUGACAAUCCAUAUUCACUUGAUGCCAAUGCCAUAAGACAACUAAAGGAAUUAGAUGAAAAGCUCGCACAUAUUAAUCCUCGCAAGUUCAAACUAUCCCAAAAUAUAAAAUGCGGAAAGCAUGAAUGCUUGGAACACAAACUGGACUGUAUUAAUCAUUCACUACAAACACUAGCUGAAUCAAAAUCCAAAGAAAUAUUGCCCAUUUCCGAAAAUGAAAUACGAAAAUUAAUCGAGGAAUAUCACGCAGAAAGUAAUAACAAGGACCAAACAUUACAGCACGUUGCAGAAAUCAUAGUUAGUCCAACAGAAAAUGUGGAAACUAAGUCAAACGAAAGCACGAUUCCUUCAUUUUCCUCCGUAUCAACUAUUGACACUGUAGGAGAUAUAUCUCAAGAUAUUAUUAAUGAACUAAUCAAAGAAGCUCAAAUUUCAAUGCCUCUAUUCCAGUUAAGGUAUCAACCUAACAUAGCCAGUGAAUAUUAAAUAAGUUCUGAGCACCUUACAAUAAAACGCGAAAA